UCCACGAUGAGCCAGCGCGAAAAGAAAAGAAAAUCAUACAAGAAACAGCAGCUGAUCUCCAGGCAGAAUAAGAAAAGAACUGCCUGCUGCCACUGUCUGUCCUUCUGACCGCGCCCUUUGGUCAGCCUCAUGGUCUGACUGCUGCCGUGACACGCGCCGACCGAUCUGAUCUCAACUUUCUCCGACUCGGAUCUUCUUCUUCACCUUCAAAAUCACCGAACAUGCCUGUUUGACUCCACGCGCUUUCUCACUCUCCUUUUUUGUCCUGCUUUCUUCUUCUGUUCUUUUCUCUCGCUCCUUCGCGGGAUCAUGCCAAUCCUGCCCAUUUUUCUGUUCUCCACGCGUUCGCGCCUGUGCCGCUGUUAGACUGGUCCCGCUAAACAUGAGCUCCUCUCUCGAAGCCAAGAUUGUCGUCCUAGGCGCUCAAGGCGUGGGCAAGACCUCUUUGGUCCAACGGUAUGUCAAAAAUGCCUUUGACCCCUCGAAGACGGCGUCCACGGUGGGCGCCUCCUUCGUGACAAAGCGUGUCCUCGACAGCACUUCCGACACCGUUGUACGACUUCAAAUCUGGGACACAGCGGGACAAGAACGGUUCCGCAGUAUAUCCCGUCUUUAUUACCGUGGCGCCAAUGCGUGCCUUUUAUGCUACGACAUCACCGAUGAGCAGAGUUUUCAGGAGAUGACAGGUUGGCUCGUCGAACUGAAGGACAAUCUGGGUGAGGAUGAGUCCAUUGUCAUCCACGUUGUUGGAACCAAAUCGGAUAUCGUCGCCUUGGAUCCGUCCCGCCGCCGUGUUCCGUUUGAACGCACCAUUGCCUACGUCGCAGAGCAACUCUAUCCGACUCAGGCCUCCACGCCCCCUCCAACGGCUGGCAUGGGUACUUCUGGAGUCCUGCAGAGCCCAGAUAGCAAGCGCAGCAGCGGAUUUUGGGGCCAGGAUAUCGGCUGGGACUGCUGCCAUGAGAUCAGCGCCAAAGACGGCGAGGGGAUCGAGGAGGUCUUCCGUGUCAUCACCCGGAAGCUGGUAGAGGAGCGCAACAAGCGUGAGGCAGAAGCUCUACAAGCCACCGUGGCAGGUAGGGACGGCAGCCACGGACCCUACGGCGCAGGGGAUGUCGAUGGCAACAGUAGUCUUCGCGUCAACCACGCUGAUAAGAGACGAAGCUGGCUAGGUUUCCCACCUGGCCUUGGAAUGAGCGAUGAAGAUUAUGAUCUCCCACAAACGACCCAAAGGCAAGGUAAAUGUUGCUGAAGAUGUAAUUUCUCGAUUUAUUCGCGAAUUUCGAGUUCAUGCCUGUGCGAACUUUUUUUUCAGGUUUCCAAGGCUCAGGCCAGGCGUUCAUGGUUGGAUUUACGAAGCACUGCAUGAUCAUGACUCUUGCUUGUUGUUUUGCUUAUUUUGUCAUUUGCGGUUACCUCUUUGGUGGCCUAUUCUUUUCGUACAUGUCAUCGAGGUGCUGGUCACGCUCGAAGGGGGUAUCCAUCGGGGAGGUUAGCUUGAAGAGCUAUUUUGUGCAUCACACAUCUGGGAUUUUUCAUGGAUCAGGUAGUGAAAUGUGGGUGAUGAUAAUUGAAUGUUUUGCCUUUUGUCUUUGUCUCUAUGUUAGCAUCUAUGCAGCGUUGUCUUUUACCAAUCCACCUCAACAACAGCACAGCCCAUACUAUUCAUAGGAUUUU